AUGUGGAGGGACCCUGGAGCUCCAGCUGAUGAUUUUUACCAGGUUCGACCUGAAUGUACAGAUGUUCCCAAAAGCAAAUUUCGGAUCAAGGCUGGUAAGACAUUGAGUGUGCGGAAAUGGCAAGCUGCAUUUUCUCCAGAAGGUUAUCUUGAUAUAAGCAAAACCCUUAGUCGCAUUCAUCGUGGAGGUAUUCAUCCUUCAAUUAGAGGUGAAGUAUGGGAAUUCCUUUUGGGUUGUUAUGAUCCUAAGAGCACAUUUGAUGAACGAGAUGAGAUACGAAAUCGUCGUAGGGCAAAGUAUGCCAUAAUGAAAGAAGAGUGUCGUCAGAUGUUUCCAUUGAUUGGGAGUGGAAAAUUCAUAACGGCACCUGUUAUUACUGAAGAUGGUGAACCCAUUCACGAUCCUUUAGUACUUCAAGAGGCAAACUUGGAUAUGGCAUCGAUAAACCAAGGAAAUGAUUGUGCUCAUGACCCACGAGACAAAAAAGUAAUUCAGUGGAAGCUUACGCUGCAUCAAAUAGGUCUUGAUGUUCACCGGACUGACAGGACCCUAGUGUUCUAUGAGAAGAAAGAAAAUUUGUCAAAACUCUGGGAUAUUCUAGCUGUUUACGCCUGGUCAGAUAUAGAUGUUGGCUAUUGUCAAGGAAUGAGUGAUCUCUGCUCUCCUAUGAUAAUCCUUCUGGAAGAUGAAGCAGAUGCAUUUUGGUGCUUUGAACGGCUAAUGCGGAGAUUGCGAGGAAAUUUCAGGUGUACCGAGAGCUCAGUUGGAGUGGAGACACAACUUAGCAAUUUAGCUUCAAUUACUCAAGUUAUUGAUCCUAAGCUUCAUCGGCACUUAGAGACCCUUGGUGGAGGCGAUUAUCUGUUUGCUUUCCGCAUGCUUAUGGUCUUGUUUCGUAGAGAGUUCUCCUUUUGCGAUUCAUUGUACCUAUGGGAGAUGAUGUGGGCCCUGGAGUACGAUCCAGACUUGUUCUCUAUGUAUGAGGAGCCUGAAGCUGCUGCUGAAAAAUCUGAAGGAUCAAAAGGAAAACCUAAAUCAAUACGCCAAUAUGGAAAAUAUGAGAGAGAUAAUAUGAGAAAUGGAGGCAAGAGUAGUGAAGCACCCCUACCAAUUUCUGUUUUCCUUGUAGCAAGUGUUUUGAAAGAUAAAAGUCCCAAAUUAUUGACAGAGGCUAGAGGACUUGACGAUGUUGUUAAGAUAUUGAAUGACAUGACUGGAAACUUAGAUGCUAAGAAGGCCUGUACUGGUGCAAUGAAGCUUCACAAAAAAUAUUUGAAGGCUAAGAAGCAGUGA